CAAGCGUUUCUGUUUCACCAUAAAAAGAAUCUUUUCCUCUAAAAUAAACAAAACAUAAAGUCACCCUUUCUUCUCAUGUCUUGUUACACAGCAGUUCUUACUCAAACACAGACCAUUUCCCUUUCCCCAAUUCACCCUCACCACUGACAUAAACUCCAAUCCAUACAAUUUUAUAUAGAAUCUAUUCCAUUCUGUGAAAUCUUCACUGCAUUGUUGAUGGGUUUUUCGUUCUCUCAGAAAGUAAAAUUUUGAUUGAAAAAGAUCCAUCACCUUAAUCAGUUAGUUGUCAUCAUCAUCUUCUUGCUCUUGAUCUGGGUAAAAGAGAGAAUUGGGUAAAUGGAUGUUGCUGUCUGCUUUUGAUUAUGUUUAGGGUUACUAAUUUUAGUAUUUUGUUUGCCCACCAAAUUUGGCAAAAGAAAUAAUGCAAUCUUUUUGGUUCUUUACUUCUUUGGUGACCAGCAAAGUUAAAUAUUUCCAUUUGUAACAAGGCCCUUCAUUUGUAUGCUGGUUUAUUCCUUGCUCUCUUGAAAAAAGUUUCAGUUGGAUUUUGAUUUUGUCGAUCACUGCCUCUCUGUGUGUGAUUUUGUUUCUCUCUCACACACAAAGUGAGUGUAUGUGCGCCAGUGGACUUAUGAUGGCUAGGGAAAAAAUACAGAUUAAAAAGAUUGAUAAUGCUACUGCAAGGCAGGUGACCUUCUCUAAGAGGAGGAGAGGGCUGUUCAAGAAAGCUGAAGAGCUCUCUGUACUUUGUGAUGCUGAUGUUGCUCUUAUUAUCUUCUCCUCUACUGGCAAACUCUUCCACUAUUCUAGCUCCAGCAUGAAAGAAAUACUUGAAAGGCAUAGCCUGCAUUCGAAAAAUCUUGAGAAGCUUGACCAACCAUCACUUGAAUUGCAGCUGGUUGAAGAUGCCAACUAUGCCAAAUUAAGCAAAGAAGUUGCAGAGAGAACUCUCCAAUUAAGGCGGUUGAGAGGUGAGGAGCUUCAUCUUUUAGGUAUUGAAGAGCUGCACCAGCUGGAAAAAUCCCUUGAAGCUGGAUUGGGGCGUGUCGUUACAAAAAAGGGUGAGGUAAUUAUGAAUGAGAUUAGUCGUCUUCAAGAAAAGGGAGUGCAAUUGAUGGAGGAGAACGACCGGCUUAGACAAGAAAUGGUAGAGAUAUCAAAUGCUCGAAAACAAAUUCAUACUGAUGCUGAGAAUGUAAUUGGUGAAGAAGACCAAUCAUCUGAAUCUGUUGCCAACAUUUGCAACUCUGCUGGUCCUUCACAAGACUAUGAAAGCUCUUAUACAUCCCUCAAGUUGGGGCUACCUUACAGAGGGUGAUUCGAGCUUGUAGGGUUUAUGUACGUGAAGCACGUAAAUGAGAGCUAAGAUGACGAAGAUGAUGCAUGCUUACGGACAUAUAUAU